CGGCAUCGCCCCCAUGUGCCAAAUCUUGCAGGAGGCCGGCGGGUGGCUGCACGGUCAUCUGCACUGGCAGAGACUCAGGCUGUAGUGCAGGGGCCCUGAGCUGGUGUCUGUGAGCUUGAGGCAACCACAGAGGAUUUUUCCACUUUCUCUCAGCUUUAUUUCAUUUUUAUUUUCCCCAACCCCGAGUUGAAAUUUGGCGUUUCCCGCAACUACGAAUAUAGGCCACAGAGCACACACAGAGUGUUAGCCUGGUGGCUUUGUCACCAAUGGAAGUGACACCAUUUCAGAUCACUUAGCUUUUGUUGUAGUCAUCUUGAAAUGAACUCAAGUACAAGACCUGCCCGUACGUCCUGUCAUUUAACUUACCAGUAAAGAAGCACAUAUAUUACCAUAUCACACAUUUUCCAAAAUAUUUUCAUACCAUCUCUCGACCCGUUAAGUUUAUGGUGUAACUCUGUUUCUAUGUAUUUGGAAGCAUUUGUUUGGGAAAGGCCACAGAGACCUGUGGUGGCCAGAGGACAAGAGCCCUGGCCUGUAUAUGGGUGUGCCGCCAAUUGCCCUACAUGACCUUGGGUAUUCACCUCCCCUCUAUGGCCCCGAGUCCCUCCCCGUAAAAUAAGGAAGGUGAGCUGCUGGUUUCCAAAGACCUUGACUGAAUUCAGCAGUUCUCUCCCUGGAGUUCAGGAGUCACUGGAGUUGUUCGAGGCUUCUUGGGUAUCCUGGUGUCCCAGAGUGACCUCACCUGCAAGGGAUGUCCCACAUUACAGCCCUCAAGCUGGCACCCCCUUAUCUGCAGAAAGGCAGCAAGGGUGGUCGGGACAGUCAGGGACACAACAAGCAGUGGUCAUAAAUGCCACAGGGAAGAAGCCAGCACUGUGACAGGUGACAGUGGCUCCUGCAUAAAUGCAUAUAGCCGCGGGAAGCAGGGGAGAGUGAGGAACAUGUGUUAACCCCUUAGCCAGGAUAUCGUCCUGCUUUGCAGAACUUCUCCAAAAGACUCCACAACUGUGGGCCAGUGCCUUUGGCCUUUGUGUGCCAGGUGCUGGGGGAAUCUGUAAAGAACUUUGAGGGUCAUGUCACAAGGGUCAUGGCAGGAGCCAUGGUGUAUGGAGGAGCUAGGCCAUAAAGUACCCAGCCUGGUCUCCUUGGUGGACUUGGGAAAUUGGUUGGAUGACAUGUCACUUUCAGCUUGCACAAGGGCUCGGGUGGACUCUGCCCAGCAGCCAGAGAGAGGAGUCACUCUCCACGCCCUUCCUGGACCUUCUCUAUCAAGCUGACAGUGUUUUGCUCCUGUCCCCGCCUCUUACCCGUGCUUGCUGGCAGACGGGAGGGUCAGGCUAGCGCAGGUCCCAAAGGCCUGGCACUUCAUGCCACAGAGCCGGGCCCCGGAUAGGUGCAGAGGAAAAAGGCAGAACGCCCUUCCACUUCUGCUCCCCAGUCGGCGGAGCCACGGCUGGCCCAGCGAGGGGGGCCGGGGCGCGUUGCUUGGCGGAAGCCGAGUGUGUGAGUUCCGACCUGCCGGUCACGCCUGCGGUUCCCAUGCAGCCCGAGUCCACGCGGGCGCUGUGCCACGUGGCUGUGGCCAGCUGCUUCUGCCUGGCCGUCGUCUACGCGGGGGUUUUCGACGGCGUCUCCAUUCAAGUGGGCUACGAACACUACGCUGAAGCCCCGGUCGCCGGCCUCCCCGUCUUCCUGGCCAUGCCCUUCAACUCACUCGUUAACGUGGCCUACGUGCUCCUGGGGGUGUACUGGCUGCGGAGGAAGGCGGUUCCCUUGGGGCACCCCGUGCACGCGCGGAGGGCUCGCUACCUGAAGGACGUGUUCGCCGCCAUGGCCCUGGUGUACGGCCCGGUGCAGUGGCUGCGGGUCGCCACGCAGACGCACCGCGCCGCCGUGCUGGACCAGUGGCUCACGUUGCCCAUCUUCGCGUGGCCCGCGGCCUGGUGCCUCUCCCUGGACAGGGGCUGGAGGCCCGGCCUGUUCCUGGCCAUCGAGGGCCUCUCCCUCGGCAGUUACGGCCUCGCCUGGCUGCACCCCUGCGGCUUUGAGGCCGCGCUGGCCGCACACAUCGCGGCGGCCGUGGGCCGGGCCCUGCACGCUCACGGGCGCCACGGCGGCGCCUCCUCGGGAAGGCACUUGGCGCUGGGCGUGCUGUCCUGCGCGGGCUUCGUGGGCCUCAAGCUGUGUGACCACCAGCUCGCUCGGUGGCGUCUCUUCCAGCGGCUCACGGGCCACUUCUGGUCCAAAGUGUGUGAUGUGCUCCAGUUCCACUGCGCCUUCUUGUUUCUGACCGGUUUAAACACCGGCCGGAGACUUCCUCCGGGUGGGAAGGCGCGUUAAAGCGCGGAGAGAAGCCGCUUCCAGCCACCGAUCGCCGCCGUGUCGCCGGUGUGACAGAUGCGAGGGCUCCGCGGAGGGCCGUCCCUUCCUCCGAAGCCACGGGCUUCGGUACUUAGGGGUGAGAUGUUAUGCUGUGUGCCACUUACUUUCAAAGAGAGAGAGCAGAUAGCUAAGUGCAGGGGGUUCAGGGCCUCAUCGUCCUGCUCUUGUAACUCUUCUGUACUUUGAAAUGCUUUCCAAAUAAAACGUGGGGGUAAAACGAG